AGCUGACUUUAUUACAAUAGUUGUGAUUGAGAGGGAAUACUUUUCUUAUCAGCAAAAUUAUUUAUAGCUCAUUCAGCAGUGUGUGUGCAUUACCAGUGCCUUUUUUACUGCGCAGAGGGUUGGACGGUUUUCUGCAUUUAAUGCCCUGCAAUAUUAAUUUUAAUUUAGAUCGGUUUAUUGAUAUUAGAAGUUGAUAACGAGAAAUAACAUGGCUUCAGAUUCCCCAAGAGUUCUCUCGAUUCAAAGCCACGUUGUCCACGGAUACGUGGGUAAUAAAAGUGCUGUGUUUCCACUUCAGAUUCUAGGAUUUGAAGUGGAUUCAAUAGACACUGUGCAAUUUUCAAACCACACUGGCUAUAAGAAUGUAAAAGGGACCGUUUUGGCGCAAAAGGACAUGGCAGAUCUAAUGGAAGGACUUGCCCUUAAUGACAUUGACUACUACACCCACUUCCUGACAGGAUACUCCACAUCUCCCGACUCUUUGAAACAAAUUGCAGGAAUCAUCAAAAAAUUAAAAGAAAAAAACCCAAAACUGAUUUAUGUAUGUGAUCCGGUAAUGGGAGAUAACGGACAGAUGUACGUCCCAAAAGAAAUACUCCCAGUGUACAGAGAUGAAGUGAUUCCCUUGGCUGAUAUCCUCACACCAAACCAGUAUGAAGCAGAACUGAUAACAGGCAUGUCUAUGAAGGACAUGGAGGGAGCCCUGAAAGUCAUUCAGGCCCUACAUCAGAAAGGAAUCAAGACUGUUGUUCUAUCCAGCACCGAAUUAGGAGAUGGUCAAAAUAUGAUUGGUAUUGCUAGUACAAAAGGGGCCUGCUACAAAAUUGAGAUACCUAAAAUGGAUGCGACGUACGUCGGCACGGGUGAUCUGUUCGCGGCGCUAUUCCUGGCGUGGUCCCAUAAAACGAACAACGACAUCAAACUUACCUUGGAGAAAACUAUAGCUACCAUGCAAGCCAUUGUCAAGGAUACUUAUCAGAAAGCCAGAGCCAAACACCCUACUGGCAAGAUACCACCGGCUUUGAUAGAGCUUCGACUGAUACAGAAUAAGAACAUUAUUGAAAACCCUACGAUAGAAAUACAUGCUGUUGAAGUAAAACAUUAGAGAACUGUAUUGUAGUAUCUACGCUUUAUGUGUGAAUAGUGUAUGAGCGGUAAUACAUCUUUCAAACACGCGCCGUUUAAAGGAGAUUGACCAAAGUUGUAUAGAAUUUGGUCCAAAUGUCCGCUAUUAAUGAGAUAAUUUGUCUUGGUUACCAAAGUGCUUGUCGAGGAAAACCAAACAAGCCCGAAAUUAUGAAGAAUGUGGAUUCGGAACAGUGAUGCACAAAAUAUUUUACUUAAAAUAUAUUAUUAUUUUUUAUAUAGCCAUAACUUUUUACUGACAGCAUAUUUUUAGUACUCAGUAUAUUAGUGGUCUAUACCAGUAAAUAGGUUUUGUUAGUGGUGGACAUUUGAAUCACUUUUGGUCAAACUCCUUUGUGCCGACGAAGUUCAGAAAAAUCAACCUUAUUAUUACAGUACUGUGAUCAUAAUUUGAAUGGACGGUAUUCUGUUUGCUAAAAAGACAGUGUUUUUAGCAAAAAGUAUCAGUCAUUGUUAUGUUACUGUACAGAAUAAUAAGGUUAAUUAUUCUUUGAAUCGUAAGUCAUGAUUGACGAUGAUUGAAAGAUGUAAUAUCGCUUUAUGGUUGGCUAUAUUUAUAAGAUUCUUGUUUCUUAUCGUAUGAUAAAUUAUUCAAUAUUUAUAGACAAUAAUACCAGUUACUAUUAGGAAUAAUUAGAGAGGUGGCUUUUGCACUGGUUGUUUAAAGAAAAAAUAUGUGCGAACUUGCGUUUACACGCUGCGCCAUAUUGUCAUUUUUUAGAGAUCUUAAGUAUGGGUGAAUUUCUAAUAAUAAGUGCAUUUAUAUAUUCCUAAAAAUAUUAAUAUACAGCAUACAAUGCUUGAAUCGUAUAUAAUAGGCGGAUGAGGUCAUGUACGGUCACGACCAUUAAUAUACACUUUGGUACCAUGUCACAUUAACUUUUUGACAAAUUGAACUGUAAUUCUCACUAAAUGUCAAAUAUGUUAGUGCGACAGAGUCCUAAAGUGGGUACAUUAUAUUGCUCAUGACUGUACUGUGGUUGGCAUGGUAUAUUAUGGUUGUUUUCUUUUUAACACAUGACUGGUACUGACUCCAGUACACACCGUCUAAUUUCAUUUUAAAUUAUACCUAUCAUCUUCUCAUCCACCGAAAAGGAAAGGGACGGGUAAUCGACAGGCAUACAAUUUAUUAAACACACGUCAAUUUUACGCAGAAAUCUAAAACAACCGUCUAAAAAUUUUUCAUUGGCCAAUAACCCGACAGUAUCAAGUUGACAGCACACACCAAACGGGUUGUAUACCAGCGAGAUACCUAUUUGACUCGCCCGGGUUAUUCAUUCGUUCACUCAUUCAUUUUAAAUUAACAGCUUUCAGUCAUCCGUCCCUUUCCUAUUCGGCGAAUAAGAAAACGACAGGUAUAACUUUAAAUUUAAUCAGACAGCGUCUAUAGGAAUUGGCGUCAUUAUGUAUACAUGUUUAUUUAGUAAAUAAGUACCUAUACUACUUUUAAUUUAAAUUAGUUACGGGUUUAAAAAUAAAUAGUAUAAAGUAGUGGCCAUAUAACUACUGUUACUAAUAAACGCAUUUAUGUAAUUUGCUAAUUAUUACUUUGUUUUCAAAGUAUACUUUAGUUACUAGGUAUGUUCUGUGCGACCAAACAAUGUCUUCCAAAUAACAUAUUAGUUUAUCUGUGAUACCAACUGGAAUUAUUUCCGUUGCGCUAUCACGAUUCGAGUGUUAAGUUUUAAAUUGAAAAUAGUUUUAUAUCACCUAGCCCCCACGGCACGGUACAAGCUAUUUCCAUAGACGCGACAAAUAACGCGGGCUCCUACCAAUAGACGCAGUAGAUGCUGCCUACGUACGGUCACAAGUAUUACCGGGUGAGAGCCUUCAGCGCUUCCCAUUUGUCCGGCCAAGUAGUUAAUGCCAUCUGCGGCAAAUCUACAAUAAAUCACGUCAAAAAAAGGUCACGAGUACUAAAAUGUAUACACUUUGAAACCAUGUCACAUUAACUUUUUUGACAAAUUAAACCGUAAGUCUCAUUAAAUAUCAAAUAUGAAGUGCGACAGGGUUCUAAAGUGGGUACACGAUAUUGCCAUGACUGUGGGUACAUAAAAACUACGUCUAGUAGUCAAAGCCAGUGAAAUUUAUCGCUUGUCUACGUCGCGUCGAUAGCAUGCAACGUGUAGCGUGAGCUGGAUUUGAUAAUGUUGACUUUUACGAUUAGGUGUAAUAGCAAUAAAUAUUGUUAUGUAAUGUUAA